CCGCCUUUUCCAAUCGAUACAUUCUUUGAACUAUUUUAAAAAUCUUGAAAUCGAAUAGUCCCAAGUACUGGUUUACUUGGUUAAUCGGUUCAUUCGUAUUGGUACCUCCAAAAUUAGGCCUUGACACGGAAGCUAGAUUUGCUCCAAUACAACAUAUCUCCUCAUCCUAGUUAGAAUGUCAAAGCUAUUUCACUUUCUCUUGGUAUUCGUAACUUGGGCGAGCAUCGUCAGUCCACUAUCCUCUCAGGGACCGCCCCCACCACCUCCAGAAAAAAAAACCAAUCCUGGACAACCAUCCAAUAUCCCCCAAGGAAAAAAUUUCGUCAUCAAAGUAGGCAAUGAGGAGGCAGCCAAAAUUUUCUCGCCAGCUACGAUCCAAGCACAGGUUGGAGACAUGGUCACAUUUGAAUUUCAUCCGAAGGCUCAUACCGUUGCCCAAGCAUCUUUUGAUAAACCCUGUGAAGUCUUAGCCUCACCAGAGGGAAAUGGAUUUAAUUCGGGAAAACAAACCGUUGAACUGAAAACGCCAAACAGUAAUCUUCCGAGAUGGACAAUGCAAAUUACGAAACCUGAAACGAUAUGGUUUUACUGUGACCCCCAUUGUGGACUUGGAAUGGUGGGAGCUAUCAAUCCGCCUACUUCAGGAGAAAAAACCUUCGAAAAAUAUGUCGAGAACUCCAAGAAGGCGGGAAGUAAGCCGAAAAACCUAAGAGCUGGCAGCGCUGCAGCCCCAGGUGAUCCCGCACUUAGACUGGGUGAGAAUCCAGGGGAUAAGAAUGCGGGUAGAUUAGCAGAUAAAGCGGGGGGUCAGACAACCGAUCUUGCAGGUGCUAAGCCCGGAGGACAAAGUGGAACAUUACAACGCGGUCCACCAAAAACGGCAAAUGAAGUGGCCACAUUGAAUGCGAACUCGGCAUCAGUCGAUGGAAAAGAUCCCAGCACUUUGGCUUCAAAGGGCAAAGAUGGAGGAUCAGGCGCCGCCUCUUACUUCAUGGAGAAGAGACGAGCAAUUCUUUCUUCAGUCUCAUUAUCAAUGAUCCUCCCAGGUGUCUUGACCACUAUCUAUUGAUACGACAGAUCAAACUCCCAAAAUAAUUGAUUCAUUUAGGUCACAGAGUUUUUUCUUUCUUUUCUUUUUUAAGUUGAAAAGCCAAAUGAGACGCUGGUUGUAAAUUCACUGAUUUCUAUCCAGAAAGCGUGGAAAUUGCUUGUGUACUAAAUUUUUAAAGAAUUCUGCAAAGAACAUUCCUCCUGGA